CCUUUCACUGAACAAUAUUGCCUUAUAUCUUAAUGCAUAUCUAGGGUUCUUGUUCUUAAUAACUUAUAAUCUCUUUUUUACUUUUCAUCAAUUCUGUGUUUCCACCUUUUGUUUCUCUCUUUUCACUAAAUCAAGUCAGAAUUGAUCGGAUCCUCUAUGGCUGUCCUUCCGAUUCGAACACUUCCAGUUGGUUAUCGAUUCCGUCCGACUGACGUCGAGCUCAUCAAUCACUACCUGCGGUUCAAAAUCAAUGGAAAUGAUAAAGAAGUCGGUGUUAUUCGUGAAAUCGAUGUCUGUAAAUGGGAACCAUGGGACUUACCUGAUUUAUCUGUGGUACAGUCGGCUGACGAUGAAUGGUUCUUCUUCUGCCCGAAGGAUCGGAAGUAUCAGAAUGGGCAGCGGUUGAACAGAGCUACGACUGCCGGAUACUGGAAAGCAACUGGAAAAGAUAGAACGAUCAAGACGGUUAAAGGGUUGAAUGUGAUCGGUAUGAAGAAAACUCUUGUCUUUUACACUGGGCGUGCACCGAAAGGUCAACGUACUUGUUGGGUUAUGCAUGAGUAUCGUGCUACCUCUAAGGAUCUUGAUGGCACACAACCUGGGCAGGGUUCUUUUGUUCUCUGUCGUCUGUUCAAGAAACAUGACGAAACUCUGGAAGGAAAGCAUGAUGAGAAUGGUGACAGUUCAGUAUGUGAUGAAGUUCAGGAGAAUACCUCUUCCCCUCUCUCGAUUAAACCAUCUGCUGAGGAAUUGAAGUUAGAGCCAAUAACACCUUUGUCGAAUGUUCAGACUGAAAAGCAAUCCUCCAGUAUUGAAAGCAGUCUUGCUGAAAAUUCCAACCAAGCAGCAACUCCUGAAGCUUCUUUAGCUGUAAAUUGGCCAAACAAUGACUUGGUUGAUUAUGAAGUUGAUAACUGGCUUAUCGAUCCUGAUCCUGAGCUCAGACAAAUAUUGAAAGACUUUUAUGAGCCUCCUCCUGUUCCUGCAUCUUCCAGUCAUAAUGAAAACGUAUUAUCUCCAUUGCACUCACUAAAUCAGGUUGAGCAUGGAUUCCCAUUUAAUAUGGACUACGAUUACACCAACACAAACAAACCAGAUAUUGAUGACUUCUUGGACUCAGUCCUGCUGAAUUCUGACCUUAAUUCGGGUGAGGAAUUUGAAAGUCAGAUAAACUCAGCCCUCAAAGACAGUGGAUCAUUUCCCGAAUACAAUGACUCGGAUGUUUACCAGGCACAGGAUUCUAUGAUGAUGACUUCGAAUGCAUACAUCAGUAACCAUUUCAGCAACAAUGAUCCUUUCUCUAACUUGUGGGGGUUUGCACAGGAUGAGUUGGUAGUUGGCAGCCAACCCAACUUGAACAUGUUCGGUAGAAAUGAAUGUGAAUCCACUAAUAAUACCCAUGCAGUAGUUGGUACUGGCGAUGUGUUUGGAACUGGUACUAUUAAGAUGAGAUCUCGUCAAGCUCGAGUGGAACCUAUCUUUGAGCAAAACCAAGGAACUGCACCCAGAAGAAUCAGACUGCAACAGAGGCUUCAAAUUGGACCAGUGUCUUGCAGGAUUUUAGAACCUGAAAGACAUCAAGUAAACUACACUGUCACGGAGCAUUUACAGAAUAAGGAGGAGGAGGAAUCCAAACCAGCUGAAGAGAAGCAUAUUGAAUCUGCUAAAGUGGAAAUAUUGAAGUCCAAGAAAGACAAGAUGAUGACUAGUUCUGGGUUCUUUUAUAUACUUAGUGCAGUGCUGAUUCUUGUAGUUUCAGUUGUCUUGGUGGCGAUAUUUAGAUGCAUAUGAAAUAGUGUUUGGAUUUGGUUAAUGGAUGUCAUGAGUUUUCUAAAAUAUUUAGUAGGCAGUGAGUGUGAACUGAUAAGGUAUUAUUACUAUUAUCAUUAUUAUUGCAACAACAAACAGCCCCUUGUUUGGGUCCAGGAUUGAGGAUUACAUAGGGUAGGGUAGGGAGGUUAGCUUAGUAGUUGGUGUUUGUUUAUAGUUUGUCCUUUCUUGCUAACUUUCUCUGCUUCAUUUUUAUUUAGCAGUAUAAUUGACAUUGUAAUCAUAUGAUAUAUAUAAAAAUAAAACAAUGGGUUUUUAAAUAUGCAUUAUUAUGGUCUUUAAACAUUGUAUAUAAGUUAUAAUAAGAGUGCAUAUUUCUCCA